UGGGGAGGGGAUGGCAGACGGGAAGUGGCGUGGCCUCGUGUAUCCCUGGGACUCUUCUGCAGGGUCGGAGACGCUGCGCACGCCGCUGACCGAGAUGUUGGGCAUCAGGUAUCCCAUUAUGCUGGCUGGGAUGGGAAGCGUUUCGGGCCACAACCUGGUGUCAGCGGUGAGCAACGCUGGGGGCAUAGGGACCCUGGGCGGCGUCACUUUCGAGUUGGAGGGCUUCAAAAAGGAAAUCCAGGAAGUGAAGAAGAACCUGAAGCCAGGCAUGCCGUUCGGCGUGGACCUGCUGAUGCCGAAG